AUGUUCAAUGGCAAGAUCUGGCCCAAGCUCGCCUCGUGGAACGAGGACGAACCACACACAAUGUACCACAUGCGCAGCCUGGAAAACCAGCGUCCUUUUUCGGUGAGCGAGACGCUCAGCGUUCUGCCGUUUGCACUAUCGCACGGUCUCAACCCGUCGGAACCACCGGCGCCGCCCACACCCACUUAUACACCGGCACAGCUCAACUCAAACUACUUUAGCAAACGCAUGUCGUUGCCGAUAGGCACGCAGAUGGCGUCGUUCCAACUCUCGCGUGGCGUCGAGGAUCGUACACGCGCACUCGAGAGCAUCUCGCAGGGAAGCGAGGCGAAUGUGGCUGCACUCCGUCGACCGUCGUUCAACAACAGUCCCUUUUUCGGUGCGAACGCCAAGCCAUCCAACGGAUCGCUCACUCCUUUGGACAACACGGUUGCGCGGCCUGGAGAGCCUGUUUCUCCGCGCGCUUCGCCGGCUGCGGCGGCGGCGGCGGCGGCGGCUUCGGCUUCGGCUUCGGCUGGGACAUCGUCGACUGGGUUUGUGUCCAAUUCGUCACCGUCGACAGGCGUUGGUGGCGCGGCAAAGUCACCUCCCGAACGGCCGGUCAAGAGCCGUAGACCUCGCACGGCACAAGGCUCGGAACGACGUUGUUCGCCUCCAUCGGCGUGGUGUCCACCGGCAUCAUCGUCUUCGAACGUCACGGCGGCGGCGGGCGCGACGAGGCAACCACCUCGGCACGUACCGAUCGAGCAUUCACCGCCAUCGCUCGACUCGACGGCGUUCUUCAUCACGCACAAAGGCCACGACAAGGACGUGCUGUUCUUUGGCGAUGUGGAGCCGGACUGCGUGUCCAAGUCGCCGCGCAAUCGGCAGGUUUGGAGUCACGCCGCCGAGCGGUUUGCGGAAGGCAAGCUGGGCGCGAUCUUCCUGGAGUGCAGUUUUCCAAAGAACCAUCCGACCGAGUUUCUGUACGGGCAUCUGUCGGUGGAGCAUUUGUUUGAUGAAUUGAGGGUGUUGGCGCAGAUGGUGAAGCGGUAUAGGGAGAAGAUGAGGCGUUCCUCGAGUGCGAGCAAUCGCAGUGUGGGGGCGGCUGGUGCUGGAGUGAAUGGUGGUGGGAGCGCGACGGCCAAGCUGAACGGAGAUUCGCGGUUCGUGCAUCCGCAUCUGGCGCCUUCACCGUUGGGGACGGCGGCUGUGUCGGUGCAAGGAGACCAACAUCCGUCAGUGUAUGACGGCGACUCGGAGCUGCGUGGACAACUGCAAGGUUUGGGGGUUAUCAUCAUCCAUGUAAAGCCUGCGCUGUUUCCGACAUUUGUGCAGCAUGAUCCCGAGACCGAUGCUGGACGCGCGAGUCCCACGUCGAGCUCCGCUGACGGGUCGCAGAGCUCGUCGCUAGCUGCAGCGGAUCACUCACACACGGCUGCGAGUGCGAGCGACCACAAGGCUGUAGAGCCGAUCUUGGAUCAACGCUCGGCCCCACAGAAAAUCCUCGACGAGCUCAACCUCGAGGAACACCUUGCGCGCCUCGGCGUCCGCUUUGUCAUGGCAGAAAAGGGCAUGCGUAUUGAAUGUUGA